AGAAUUUAAUAUUGCGGGAUCCACGAGCAUGAAGCAACUAUAAAAGCAUAAAGCAACUAUAUAAGGAGGCCUCGUCGGUGGCAGAGUUACUCGCUGCUUUUCCUUACUGUCAGUGCUCGUUUGCUUGUCGACGCGGAAGGUUGGUCGCGGACAAAAUUUUUUUUCAAGUGUUCAUAUUUGCGCCCAAAAAUGAGUUGGUGCAGUUUAUGCGGCAAGGUCGCGAAAGAUUUGAAAGUGGUUCAUGUACCGAAAUGUUCAGAGAAGAGAAAAUUGUGGGAGCAAAGUCUGAACUGCAGCCUUACUGUGAACUCGAAAAUAUGCGAUUCACAUUUCGAUGCUUCACAGUGGAGGUCGCCACCAAAGGAAGGGCAGAUAUACAUACAUAUAAAAGAAGGCGACUGAAAGAUGAUGCUGUUCCGCAGGGCGAGCCUGAAGCAAAAUUUGUUAAAUUGGGCUUCGCCAACUCUAGUACGCAAACAGAGGACGCAUUGAUAAAUCAUACAGCACGUGUGGAGAACGAGAGCCUAAGGGAACGGAUUCGUCUAAUGCAGAAGGAAAUGGAUUCGGCUUCUAUCGGCUUCAGUUGCGCCUACUAG